UACGCGUUAAAGAUGAUUCCUUUAUCGAUUUUCUGGAAGGAAAAUCCCAUCCAUGCCGCCCCCUGUGUCUGAAAGAAUCCUCUUUUGUUUCCGUGGAAUACUGUACUGUAUCUGAAAUUCUGAAUUCUGAACUGACCAAUCCAAUCUGAAAGCGUCCGUUCAUUUUUUCUUUUUUUUUGUCAAAUCUGUUCACGGUCACCGACCUGCCUGCCUGCCAUUCUACUGGUCAAAUCUUGCAGCGCGGACGCGAGGUGGGGGAAGACGCGUGCGCGGCCAUCCCGAUCGAUCCAUCCAUCCAUCGAUCCGCCAUUGAUACCAGCAGCUCGCUUAGCUUUGGGGAUGGAGAUGGAGGCGGUGCCGGCGCUGGCGGUGGUGGACGCGCGGUUCUGCGCCGGGGACGAGGCGGCGCUGUCGGUGGCGAAGACGCUCAGCAUGUCCGGGAACGACUUCACCGUCACGGACGCCGCCACGGGCGCCGUCGUGCUGCGGGUCGACGGCGUGCUGUUCAGCCUCCGCCGCCGCUGCCUCCUCGUCGACGCCGACCGCCGCCCCGUCCUCACCGUCCAAGAAUCGGCUAUGGUAAUGAACACGAGGUGGAAGGUGUUCCGGGGGGAGAGCACCAGCCGGCGUGACCUGCUCUUCACCGUGGUGAAGCCGUCGGCGAUCCAGCUAUGGGGUUCGACCAAGGUGAGCGUCUUCCUCGCCAGCAACGACGCCGAGCAGGCAUGCGACUUCCGCGUCACCGGCAGCUACCACGACGGCGCCUGCGCCGUCUCCCUCGGCGACUCCGACACCGUCAUCGCAAAGAUCGACCGGCGGUUCAGCGUGGCGGGCGCGCUGCUGGGGAAGAACGCGUACAGCGUCGCCGUGAACGCCGGCAUCGACUACGCCUUCAUCGUCGCGCUCGUCGUCAUCCUCGACGAGAUGCAUUUCCAGCCAUGACAAGAACCGAAGCCAAAGACACGAUUUUUACUCUCUUCUUCAAGUUUUGCUAGCUCCUGCAACGUGCAGAACUCCAUAGAUGGAUGGAUGGAUAGAUUGAUGCUUUCAAUGUGGUGGUGUAUAUUGAUGAGUUCAUGUGCUGUCAGAAGCUGACAGGACCCACGGAUUGAUGAGUGAUGAAACAGAUUUUGGUCCUCCACUCCUCCUACUGAAUGUUUCUGACAGUCGGUUUUCUAAUGAAUGUGCAUUUGCAGCUCAAUGAGCCUGCCAUUUCUGUUGGUUUUC